ACUUUGGUGAUUAUUAAUUGUUUUUAGAGUAUUUUUAUUUUUAUUUUUUUGUUUUAUUUUCGUUUUUAUAAAAAAAAACAAAAAAAAAGGGCUAGCGGUUAGGAUUAGAUUUUUUUUAUAUUAGAUUUUUUUAUUUAAUAGAUUGUUGGUUGUUUUUAUUUUAUAUCUCUUGUAUCUAUAUCUUACAUAUCUAUCUUAUAUCUUCUAUCUCAAUCGCUUAUCUUUUAAUUCUCUUUCAUAUCUUCUAUUUUUAUAUCACUAUCAUCUCUUUUAUUUCUCUAUCUUUCCUCUCUUUUAUUUUAGUUUGCUAUUUUUUCUAUCUACUUUCCCUUCAUUAUUAUUCUUAUUAUUAUUAUUACUAGAUUAUUUUUUGUUACUAACAUUUUUUUUCCCUGUCAGAUCUCGUUUAAUUGUUUUUUUUUCCUAACAUUUUUUUUUCUUCGUUACUUCGUUACUUUCUUAUUUUCAUUUUUUUUUCUUUGGUAUUAUUAGGUUCCUUUUAUUCACGUUUUUGUUUUCUUAGUUAGGUUUUUGUUUUUUUUACUAUCCUUUUGUUUUUUUUAGUAACUGAACACAAGUGUUAGUUGUGGAGUUUUUUUUGCAGUGAUGGAAGCUAAACUUGAUAAGCUAGAAGCCAGACUCGACGAGAUACAAUUUUCUGUUACACAAAUGUUGCUCAAGAGCUAUCAACAACAGUUUGAGUCACCUCAAUGUUAUCCACAAGAGAAUUUUGAAAAUAUUUGGUGUGACCCACCUUGCUAUCAUCCACAAGGGCAAUUCCAGCAGCCUAUUUAUUCACCACCAUGCUACUAUCCGCAGGAGGAAUUUCAAUAUCCCUUUCAUGAUCCACAUCAUUCACAAGAGGAAUUUCAUCAACCUUGGAAUGAUCCACCCCAAUUUUUGGAAGACCUUUCAAAGCAAUAUGAAGCAAACCAAGCCCAGUUUCAACAACCUCGACACGAGGAACCUUCCAUAUUGCAAGAAAUUCAAGACAUGUUGAACCAAAUGUCUGCAAAUCUCAAUGCAAAUGCUAAUCAACACCUGCAAGAUACUGCGAAUUUACAAGCUCCAGUUAACAAGCUAGUUGCACACGCUCCCACAUUGCAACAUGAAGCUGAUGCAAAGAUUGAUGAUGAAGUUAAUCCUUGUGUUGAUACUCAUCUUGAUGCUAACACUGAUGGUUCUGGUGAUGUUAACGAGUUUGAAGUCGAUGUUGCUUCUGAUGCUGAUUCUAAUGAUGAAGACAACAAACAAGAAAAACAUCUCCCUCUUCCACAUAGAACUUAUGAGAGUGAGAAGAUGUAUCCUAGUGAAGAAGAAAAUAAGUUGUUGGAUGAUUUCAAGAAGUGUUUUGCAGUGGAUGAAGUUAAAAAGAUGGAUGUAGAACAUGGAUCUAAGUUAGCAAUAUUUCCACAUAAGCCGCUUUUAGUUAAUCUAGACAUUUUUGAAAAAGUCGUGCUUAUUGGAGAGUUUGUUGAUUGCAAGAAGUCAACCUCAAUGGAGGAAUAUUUUUCGAAACCUCUACCGAAACCUCAAGACAAAGUAUUGAUUGUUGAAUGUACUGAUUUUUCAUUUACUCUUAUUUCAGGUUGGGCAGAUGCUCGAAAAAAGUUUUCACUCAAACUGAACAUUGUCAUGAGUCAUGCUAAAGGUGCUAGAAAACAGUUUGAGUUUGUUAAGAUUGUUGCAGAUGAGAUCCCUCCAAAGCCACCUGACUUGUGGAUUGUUGCUGUUGUGCCUCAAGACUAUGAGCUUCCUCUUAAUGCAAGACCUCCACCGGACCCAGGUGAUAGCAGAUUCAGAGCAUUACCAGGUUUCAUGCGUCGCCAGCUUCCUUGAUCCCUGGUUUUUCCUAACCUUUCUCUUU